CUGCGCCUUGGACAGUCGUUGGUGUCCGGUUGCGAACAACAGCCUCUGACGAUAUUGAAGGAGAUGGCGAUGCAGGACGUCGGACAAAUGGAGCAUCUACUCUUUCACGGAGGGAUCAACGUGCUCAAGAAGAACACAGUAGUUGUUCGCCUGGUGGAGAAUCUUCGAACGAUCUCCAUGGUCAUCCACUGACAUCGAGUAUCAC